AGAAGCAAAAAAAAAAAAAAAAGAUGGCUGUACUUGCAAACUUUUUGCGCCUUACGACCGCAAGACAUAUCAGCGCCCUAGUGAGCGCUGUCGUCAGUGAUCAUUGUACGUGGUAUUUUUCGCCAUCGCGAAACAGCGGUGCAGCGUGUACGGUGCUUGCGUUUUAAACGGCAAGACGGUGGGCCAGGUCAGCCAUGUUUUAGUUACUUGCGCCGCUUGACGAAGGCUGUCAAUCACGUUCCCACGCUCGUCGAUGCGGACUCACGGUGGCGGCUGUGAGCAUGGCGGAUGCCUUGGAGGCGAUGGCAGCAUAUGCUGAAGAAGCUGCUCCACUGGACGGCGGCGGUGCUAUCAUCCUCAUCCCACAGGAGGAUGGCCAGCCUGUUCUGCUUGGGGAGGCUUUGGUGGGUGGUGGCUCCCAGCUGGUGCUGGGUCAGCUGCAACCACUGCAGCUCGAAGGAAGCAACCAAGUGGCUGCUGCACCAUUGGUAUUUGCUCCCGUCAGCACCGAAGGCACCCUGAUGACCACAGCGGUGCCUGCCACUACCACCGCCCCGACUCAACAGGAGGAGCAGGCCAGCACUGUCAGGCAGGUUGAGCUUCAGGCGGCUGGUGCAGCACCACUCCUGCGCACCGUGACACAGACGAUGAAGGUGCGCUGGCUGGAUGAGCUGCUGGCACACAAGGGGAUCCACUGCCCAAUCCGAGACUGCCCCUUCACCUGCCUCGCCAUCACAGCCAUGGAGAAGCACUAUGCACAGUGUGCUGGGGUGAAUGGAUCUGGCCUGGACCAGUGCCCGUACUGUGAGGCCCAGUUCCUCACCCACAGCAGCGCCCUGCACGUGCACAUAGUGGAGGAGCACCCGACUCGGCGCUCUCUCAUGCACUCGCACGUGGGCGAGGGACGCUACCGCAAGUCCCUGGGGACCCGACGCAGCAGGGCCCCCCUGCCACCACCACCAACACCCAAGCGACCCUUGCUGGCCCGGGCGCCUGCCACUGCCGGGGCCACGCAGCAGCAGCAGCAGCAGGCCGGUGGGACCCAGUGGGACUGGGAGCAGCGUCGGCGCACCUACUCUCGCUCGUGGGGCGAGCCCAUGGGCCCGACGUCGGAGCUGUUCCGCCGAGCAGGCUCCGAGGAGGAAGACCCGCUGCAGCUGCCCCGGUCAGUGAUCAACCGCAGUGAGAUCACCAUGUCCUCCGAGGAGCUGGCCCUGGAUGAUCACCAGCUACAGCAGGAAGGUGCCGCCACAGCCGAGUCGGCGGAGGAGCCUCCGGUGGAGACACCCACGCCUGAGACCAUUCGCCUGGAGCCAAUGCCACAGGCCCGGACCAGCCGGGGCCGGGGGGGCUCCUCUUCCAGGCGGCUUCCUCGCAGCCGCUACCGAGGGGACAAUGUGCGCACCAUGCAGGUGAUAGUGAAGAAUGCUUCGGGUGCGGAGAGUACGAAUGCCCUGCUGCGCAACCCGCGGGUGCUGCAGACCUUAGGUGACCUGGCCGUGAAUGCUGCGACCACAGGUGCUUCGGCAACCGUCACUGUGGCCACAGGGGGGCCACAGGUCGAAGAGGAGGACGACGACCAGGCGGUGGUGGCUGUGCACAGUGCGACGGCCUCCGACGGCCGCUACCUCCAGGUGGAGCGAGCUCUCAAAGCACCCACUCUGCGGCCGGCUGAGGUGGACCGUUUCUUUGGGAGGCGUGUGGACUGCUCUUGCCAGACGGAUGACCUACCUCCGAUGCUGCCUGUCCGCCCUGAGCUACCGCCAGCUGGUACGAUUGCUCCUCCGGCAAUUCUGAAGAGGACUCGCCUGCUGGCACCUGCACAGGCCAAAGUGGCUGGCAGGCCGCUGGCGGUCAGCAUAGUCUGUUCAAGCCGUGCCUCGUCAUCUGAUGAAGAAGACGAUGGCGGCACACCAGUCAUGCCAGUGAAGCAGCAGAGCCAGCAGCAGCUGGUUUCCCCUGAGGUGCCAACCACGCAGGCUUCAGCCGUUGCAGAGCCACAGCCUUCACAAGUCGAGCAUUCGGUGACACUGCACUCAACUGCAGAGAAGACUGCAGCACCUGAGCAGCUGCUGCAGCAGUUUGUCCUGGCAACAGUUCAAGAGGGACCACCACAGGCAGCAGCAGCAGCAGCAGCAGCAGCAGCAAUCCCAGCCCAACCAUGUGGUGUAGCAGAGCUGCCACCCAUCCCACAGCUGAUGGUGCAGCAGCCGGGCUUGCCCCAGCAGUUUCUGGUGCCAGUGAGCCAGGCUGUGCUACUGGGGAAGCCGCUGCAGCAGCACCAGCUAGCCCAGCUGCUGGCCUUGCAGAAGUCAUUGGCUGCCUCCCAGCCAGCACUGGAAGAGUGCCUGGUGCCACAGCCUAUUCACUUGACUGCACUGCAGCAGCAGCAGCAGCAACAGCAGCAGCAGCAGCAGCAGCAGCAGCAGCAGCAGCAGCAGCAGCAGCAGCAGCAGCAGCAGCAGCAGCAGCAGCAGCAGCAGCAACAGCAGCAGCAGCAGCAGCAGCAGCAGCAGCAGCAGCAGCAGCAGCAGCAGCAGCAGCAGCAGCAGCAGCAGCAGCCAGUGAUUGUGCAGGCAGGAAGCUCAACACAGCCUGUGCAGCCAGUCAUGCUGCUGCCAGCAGGACAGGCACUGGUGACUCCACAGCCUGUGUCAGUAGGCCAGCUGCCAGCUGCGCACAGCAUUAGUCAGAAAGUGAAUGAGCAGCUGCCACCUGAAGUUCAGACAGCCACAGUGCAAACAGCAACUCUCGAUGAUGGUGCUCAGGCUGCUGGAAAGGUGUUAGUGCAAGAGGCAACUUCUGCUCACACUGAGGAUCCAGAAUGCAGCAAAGAGCAACAGGGUAGUCCAGUCGAGGUAGAGCCCAACACUGCUGAGCAAUCAGGGGAGAAAGUGGCAAGCAAUGCAGCAGAUGUUGCUGCAGUGAUGUGCGAGGCACCACUUGUAGCUCCUUCAAUACCAGCUCAAGACAGUUCAGCUUGCUUGGAUCAACUGGAUGUGGUCAUAGUAGAAUGUCACCCUGCAGAUAAGGCAUUGGCCUUGGCUGGCAGCUUGCCUGCGGUAAUCAAGUCACAAGAAGACUUACAGCAGCAUACUUGUAACGGGAGCACAUCAGUAUGUAACUCUGUCGAAGGUUUGCCUGUUCCUGGAGAAUCCACUGUUCCAGCCGAGCAUCUCCAAGAGCAGCAUCAAGUUCCUGGAGAGGUGCAUCCAGUGGAUCCUAGGGCUGAGCAAGAGCCCCAGAGGAGAUAUUGCAAAGAGCUUUGCAACCUGCAUUCAUGCAAUAUUCCACAACAAGAGUUUGGCCAGAGCCUGGAGCCCGAACGUCAUCUCAGUGUUGAAGGCCAGUCUGCGUCACAGUGUGAGGGAAGCUACGCUUUUCACUUGCAGGGGCCGGAUAGUUCACCGGAACAGGUGGUUCCUCAACACGAUGUUGCUCAACAUGAGGCAGGUGUGACCUCUGAGGUUGCACUGGAAGGCACAGGUGGAGAAUCACUGGCAGCAUGUGAAGAUGAGGGUGCUGUGGGACAAGGAUCUCAAGCCAUGCAUGCACAGCAGCAGCCGCAGCAGCAGCAGCAGCAGGCCCUGGAACGAAGCACCAAUCAAGUUGAGCUAGAAUCUAGGAGGCUGGACCAGCAGGAUGCCAGUUGUGUGGAACCACUGGCCUCUUCUGCACGAUACCCAGGUGCAGCCAGGGUGCCACUGGGGCCAACCACUGUGACAGAAGGAAGUGUGCAGCAGAGUGCUCAAGACGGCAACACCUUCAUAGUUUCUAGUCAGCCGCAUCCUAUGCAUGUUUUAGUGCCAUCAUUGGACACUGCCUCCACAAAUGACCAACAAAUUGAGGAGCAAAAAGCUUUUUGUUCAGAGGAGAUACUUGCUAAGGUUUCAAGCAAAGCAUCUCCAGAAACCAGUGUGAAGCAGACAUGUAUUCUGCUCUCAAUGCCUGAAGGUGUGCCUAGUCAUAGGACUCAGGGCAAAGGCAUGUCGGAGCAGCAUAGCUUGGCCAAUUCUUCUGGGCAGAGUGACUCAGAGAAGCCACCUGCUGAGGAAAGCCCUCUCUCUCCAGCAGCUAAAAGAUUCAAAGCAUGUAAAGGGGAUGCUGCUAAACCAGUUUAUUUGACGCUUCCUUGUAGCAGGGAUGACAGUGAUGUUUUCAUGGACGAUGCAGACUCUGCAUCUAGUUGCGAGGCUUUACACAUUGUGGAGUCGGUACCUGAAGAAGAGGUCAGAAGUAUGGGCAGGGCUGGAACUGGCGAGUCGCAGGCUGAUGCGGAAGAUGCUGCCGGUCAUUUUUUAGUGGUUAGCGGAGGCCGUCGCGUGGCGGCCUCCACUUGUGCCCAGAUCCCUGUGCAGUUGGUUGUCUCUGACGGGAUGCAGCAGCUGAAGAGGCUGGCUUGCAAUGUCACCUGUCGCACAUUCGAGCAAUCGCAUAAGAGUUUUCGACCUGGUAACAAGCCCACCUUGCAGUUCACAGUGGAGCUGAAACUGGGCUCCAGAUCGUCCACAUUGCGCCCACUUGUGAAACCUUGGUCGAAGAUUGCAGGCCGACCUGCAGUGAAGCGUCAGCGACCAAAGCGAUUUCAACUACGAUUCAAGCCAACUUCAUUGCCACAACAGCUGAGGCCUCCUGUCAUCAGUGCACAGAGAGAGGACGUUUUGCCUGUCGCGUCAGAACAGACAACUGUCGCGGACGAGGAGGCAGGCAGCUCUAGCUCCAGCUCUAGUGCUGGGCAGCACCUUGAAGCUACAGGCGAGGUUGCAGGCCGCAGACUCAAGGGGAAGCCAACCAAGCGCAGCCAGUCACCACCCCUGGAAAACAGUCCACCAUCCCCAGAGCCCAAGAGGAGGAGGGGUCGUCCAAAAAAGAAUAACAGCCAAGAGGAAGGAGCAGCAGAAGGCGGCAGCCCUGACGCCUGGAGGAGGAGCUCGGGCCGCCUUGCAGAGGCUGCUACAAAGGACUCCUUUACUUGCUCUGCAUGUGGCAAGAUGUUCACCUGCAGGAAAGAAGCAUCACAUCACAUUCUUCACGCCCAUUACAACCUGGCACGACUGAAUGAUGAGCGGCCAUUCAGCGAGCAGGAAGUGCGGGCAGCCCUGCGUCGUGCAGCAGAGUCCCUCGACCAGCUGGUGUGUCGGGGCUGUGGAGGAGCCUUCGAGACCUACAUGUCUUUCUAUUUGCACCGUAGCCGCUGCCAGUCCUCCCUUGGCAAGGAAGAACAGCAGACGGGAGGCGCUUUCCAGGACAAGAGCUGCAGGGGGAGAAAGCGAGCGGCUGCAGCUCAAAAGUCAUUCACCUGUUCGGCGUGCAAGCGUGCAUUUGGCUCCAGGCAGGAUGCCGACACUCACAUCCUGAGCACCCACUACAACUUGGCCCGCGUAAACGAUGACCGGCCGUUGACCGCGCCGGAAGUGGUGUCUGCCCUGAACCAGAUCAAGAACCGGUUGCGUGGCUUUGACUGCCUCCAGCCAGGCUGCAGCCACUACGCUGCCAGUGUCUCCGAAUACCUGCACCACCUCAACAUCUGUGGCCCAUAUGCUGGACAGAUUGCAGCAGCAGACCAGGCGGUGUCCACUAUCCGCAACAAGAGUCGGGCUUUGUCCACCCGACCCAGCCAACCCAAGCGGGUGCCCUGCUUCAAGAUCAACCUGGAUUUCCCUGAUGGGACAGCGCUGGUAUGCUCAAGCUGUCACAAGUCGUUCACCUGCAAGAAGGCUAUCACAGAACAUGUGCUCAAGGCACACUACAAUCUGGCACGGGUGAAUGAUGAGCGUCCUCUGAGCCUGGAGGAGAUGAGAUCAGCCCUGCGGCAGGCCAGCUUGACCACAUCGCGCUUUGCCUGCUCAGAGCCUGGAUGCACAGCCAGCUUUGCCUCGUACAUGUCCUACUAUUCUCACCUCAGCCACUGCGGGCCAUUCGUCAAGACCUUCUUAAGCAAGCCAGUUCAGGUGUCUUGUCGUCCUGCCUCCCCCAUCGUACAGAGCCCAAGCGAGAAGGGCAAGCGUUCAUCUGCACUCAGAGCGCUGGCUUCCUUCCGGGCAUUGGAGAGUGCAGCAGAUAAUGCAGCCACUGUCCAGCAGGUCUCGAGGGACUCGGACUUUGCACCGUCUGAAGAGGAAGGUGAGCAGGGGUGUGACAGCUGGUCAGAAGACGACGAUGAUGACGAUGACGAUGAUGACGAAGAACUGGAGCAUCAGAUGGUGUGCGAGGAAGAGGAGGAGGAAGACAAGCCAACAGUGGAGGUGAUUCUGCAGCGUGCUUGGCAGGGCAGGUACGAGGCACCCCAGCAGCAGCCGGUGGACCACAUCGACCCCAAGAUGGUGGUCAGCUGGGCCGACACCCUCGCCCACACUCCCCACGUCCAGUGCCCUAACGAGGGUUGCACCAAGCAGUUCAGCACAGUGCCAGGCCUGCGGUACCACUUUCGACGAUGCCGCCUAAUGCAACUGUACCGGUGCCUCAACUGCUCUGACGGCACGUUCGCUCGCCCAAAGUCCCUGCUGCAGCACCUGCGCUCUUGCUACCCGGAGCGCCCCGAAGGAGACCAGCCUCGGACCUCCGUGGCGGGAGUGCCACACGGCCAUCGGCGCUCAGUCGUGUCUGCUUCCUUGCUCUCUCAGCGGCUGCCAGCACAGUUGCCAAGCACGUUGGGACCCCUGUUCCGCCACUUGCACCAGCGUAUGCAACAAAUGCACAAGCAGAGCCAGUGCUGGGAAGAGACACUCUACCCCGGAUGGACUCCCAGUGGCUGGCGACUUUUGGACCAGCAGGAGACACGGCUGCCCCGUUUCCGGGAGAGUCCCUCCCUGCGUGCAGGAAAGCCUGCCACGCAGGAGUGGCAGCGGCUGCCUCUGUUCGGCUGCCUGUCCACACCAGAAAGCUGCCAUGUGACCUUCUAUCCAGGUGGCGCCAUUUGGGCUGCAGCAUGGUGUCCCCUGCCACCAGGAGAGGAGCAACCGACCCAUCACGAGUGGGUGGCACUGUCGUGCUGCCCAGACCCCGAUCAAGAGCACCCGCUGACCGAGGCCACGUCUGAACCGGGCCUCUUGCAGAUCUGGGACCUAGGACUCCUGCAGCUCAACAGGGGUCCACGUGAGGGAGGCAUGUCACCACGGCUGGGUCUGUGCCUUGCGCAUGACUUUGGCUUCGUGGCCGGCUUGGAUUGGUGCCCUUCUGGCUGCCAUCAGGAAGGGGACCGUCUGGGCCUACUGGCACUCGCUUGUGGAGACGGCUGCGCUCGCAUUCUCAGCAUCCCAUUCCCAGACAGCUUGCCUACAGCCGAAGACCAGGCUGCUCCAGUGUACACAGUGGGCGGCAGUGAGUCCCAGUUGCUGCAGCUGUGUGUCCCACCAGGGCCCCUGGGCUUAGUGCCCUGCACCCGCGUGGCCUGGGACGUGGCCAGAAGGCACCAGCACAUCGCUCUGGGCUUUGCUGACGGACGAGUGGCCGUGUUCCGUGUGGUACCAAGCAGGGAGGAGGAGGAGCCCCUGUGGGUGUGGCAGGCCCACCAGGGUGCCAUCACGGGCCUUGGCUGGACACCCCAGGGUCAUGUCUGCACGGCAGCCAUAGACCAAGCGGCAAAGGUGUGGGACCUGCACAGGCCCGGCCUGGUGCCAGUGUCGGCCAUUGUGAGAGGCCCUGCCCGGCAGAUGGUGCGGUCCCCACACUGGAAUGGCCUCUUCGUGGUCGGGGAGGAGUCUGCUGUGUGUGGGCCCGCGCAUUCUCUGUUCCUGGAGAGCGGCUACUAUGGUUACACACCCAAAAUGCUGGUGUCCCACUAUGCCACUGUCUGGGGAGUUACUGUGUCUCCAUGGAGCAAUGUGGUGGCCUCGUGUGAUGCAUCAGGCAAGGUGGCAGCCAUCUUGCUGCCAUACAUGUCUUCAAACUUGGAUUUUGUCAAGCACCACCCCAAAGUGCGCUUGCCGCUGUUCCGGGCCCUGUUGGUGCCACAGGGGGAGCACAGGGGCUGCCCCACCCAGCACGGUGGCCACGCUCUGGCCCAACAGCAGUAUGGCAUUUCUUUUGAGGAUGUACCCCUGGACCAAGAAAGCUUGUUUCUUCAGAAGGCACAGGAGCGUGUGGAGAAGGAGGAUUCUUGUGGCCAGUACCAACUCAACUCGUUCACCACGGUGUGCUGGAGCCCCAACUGUGGCAGUGCCAACUGGCUGUUCUCGGCAGGGCAGGCCGGCGUGGCUCGACUCACAUGGCUUGGGCUCUAUGCUCAGCGCUUGAAGGAUGCCGCCUUGUGACGAUAAUCCUUUCAAGAGCCUUCAUUGUGUAUGCAGAGCAGUGCAAGAAAUGACUUUGGCAGAGUACCUCAUCAUAACUAAUUCCUUGAGUUAAACCUAAUGUAAGUUCAGGAAAUUGUGCACAUCAAGCCAUGGCUGUCUUCUUGAUAGACGAUUUAGAUAAGGAGUGUCUCGAAUAAAAUAAUCUGCACUGGUUAGGCUGCAUGUAUUUGCUGCCUACUGUGGGUAUAGGCUGUGUGAAGAUGCAGUACACCUAUUUGUCAUUUCUUUGAUAUCGAGAACAAAGUUGCUUGGCCAUCUUGUAA